UGACAUUGUAGAACUACCAAUAGAUAAGACAGGCACAAUCUACACUCGAUCCACACUUGCUCCACACUUAUAUUCUACACACACGCUUCCAAUCUCGGGCGUUUCGGGAAUGUUUACGAUUCCAACGAAUACAAGGAGAGCAGCAACGAUGCCGGUCUCUGGAUUUCUAUUCCAUUUCGUUCAGUUUCGUUUUUGACGUCGUUACGCGCGGUUCGUUUUCACUUGAUUCGUGCGAGAUCGGCAUCAAAAUUGAACCCGUUAAUCAUUGCUCCCUACGCACUAGUGUAAAGAGAAAUUGUAAAUAAUACAAUUGUAAAUAAAUUAAUCAGGAAGUGUGCCGUUUGAAUUGCAACAUUUGCAUAAAUAAAGAUCAGGAAAUCAGAGAGAAUUAUCAACAUGAUGUCGAAGAUAUUAUUGUCCCACACAGGACGCACCCUGAGCCGUGCCAGCUCCACAUUGCACUCGAAGGCAGCUCCAGCUGUGAUGUCGCAGGUGCAGAACGAGAUGCCCGAAAGUGAUCAUAAGCCAGCUGCCUAUAAGGGUCCCAGUUAUGAGCAGAUACUGGAGACACGUAAGACUCAUUUGACACCCAAUUUGUCGGCGCAUUUCAAGAAGCCGCUGGUCAUCCAUACUGGACAUAUGCAAUGGCUCUACGAUCACGAGGGUCGUCGCUAUCUGGACAUGUUUGGGGGCAUUGUUACCGUCUCCGUGGGUCACUGUCAUCCAAAAGUAAACCAAGCGCUGGCGGAACAGACCUCCAAAUUGUGGCAUACCACCAACAUUUAUAUGCAUCCAAAGAUUCACGAGUAUGCGGAGCGUUUGGUGGCCAAAUUUCCGGGUAAUUUGAAGAGCGUAUGCUUUGUCAACUCUGGCUCGGAGGCGAAUGAUUUGGCCAUGUUGAUGGCGCGUCUGUACACGGGCAAUCAGGAUAUCUUGACCUUCCGCAAUGCCUAUCACGGCAUGUCGCCGUAUACGAUGGGUCUGACGGCACAUUCGACUUGGAGAUACCCGCUGCCUGGUGUCAACAAUGGCAUCCAGCAUGUAAUGAAUCCAGAUCCGUAUCAGGGCAUUUGGGGAGGAUCCGCUUGCCGUGAUUCGCCCGUGCAGACAACACGUAGCUGCAAUUGUGCUCCUGAUAGCUGCCAGGCAGGAUCGGAGUAUUACAAUGAGUUGGAGCAGACAUUCAAGUACUCCCUGCCACGUGGCAAGGUGGCAGCCAUGUUUGCCGAGUCCAUCCAGGGAGUUGGUGGCACUGUUCAGUAUCCCAAGGGUUAUCUGAAGCGGGCGGCCGAUCUUGUUCGCGCUAAUGGCGGCGUCUUUAUUGCGGAUGAGGUGCAGACCGGAUUUGGACGCACUGGUGAACAUUUCUGGGGAUUCCAGGGCCACGAUUAUACGCCGGACAUUGUCACCAUGGCCAAGGGCAUUGGCAAUGGUUUCCCCCUGGCCGCAGUUGUCACAACCCCGGAGAUUGCCGCCACACUGGGAAUGGCACUUCACUUCAAUACCUAUGGAGGUAAUCCCAUGGCGAGUGCUGUGGGUAUCGCUGUUCUGGAUGUCAUCGAAGAGGAGCAACUGCAGCGCAAUUCCCUCGACGUGGGCACCUAUUUCCUGAAGAGUCUGGGUGAAUUACAGCAGCGCUACGAUCUAAUUGGCGAUGUGCGUGGAAAGGGUUUGAUGAUUGGCGUGGAACUUGUCGGAGAUCGUGAAACUCGUGCUCCUCUGGCGGCGCCUCAUGUGCUAGAGAUCUGGGAGACGUGCAAGGAUAUGGGCGUGCUCUUUGGACGCGGCGGUCUGCAUGGCAAUGUCCUACGCAUUAAGCCUCCCAUGUGCAUUACCCAUGCCGAUGUCAAGUUUGCUGUGGAUGUUCUCGGUCGUGCUAUCGCGGAUACAUUGGCCAAACAAAAAUAAUUUAUGGAAAUUGACCAGAAUAACUGAACCAAAGCUAGACCUUUGUAUUUUUUAUGCAUUUAUAGUUUUAUGUGAACAAAUCAAUUGAGCAUCAAAAUAAAACAUUAAAAUAAAGACUAUCUCUCAAA